GUAUCCCGCGCAACUUUCUUCUUCAUCUCUCUCUCUCUCUCUCUCUCUCUCUCUCUCUCUGAGUUUUAAGUUCUCUCUAAAUCGAUUCGGCCAAUUUCACUUCUUUUGAUUGGUGGUUCAGAUCGUGCCGUCUCGAAUUCGGGGUAGAGUGGAUACCUGAUAACUGACCCGACCCGAAUUAUUAAUGUCGGAAGUGAAGGAGACGGGUGGGGUUUCUAUUGGCGGCGAAUCGUUGAGAGCGUCGCCGAAGGUUCUGACGGCUGGUGAUCGGAAAUUACUUAAGGUGGAGCUACGGCCAGGGGAUACGACGUAUGUUUCGUGGAAGAAGCUUAUGAGGGAUGCUAAUAAGGUCAAUGGUUCAUCGGCUUCGGUUCCCGAUCCGCCUCCUAAUGCUAACCCUAACCUCGAGUCUCGAAUUGCACCGCCGGGGCAGCCAGCAGAAAUUGAAACGAACGAUCAACCUCAUUCUAACCGUUUCAACGCUGUUAUUGAGAAGAUUGAGAGGCUCUAUAAGGGUAAUGAUAGCAGUGAUGGGGAAGAGUUAGACGGUGCUCCUGACGAUGAUGAGUAUGACACUGAAGAUUCAUUUAUCGAUGAUGCCGAACUGGAUGAGUAUUUUGAAGUUGAUAAUUCAGCAGUUAAACAUGAUGGAUUUUAUGUCAAUAGAGGAAAGUUAGAGCGGAUAGAACCUUCAACAACAUCUAACCAGCAACCCAAAAAAAGGCGACGCAAAGAUCCAGCAAAACCCUUUGGUGAUGCUGUUGACGUAUCUGAUAAACACACCAAGUUGUCCUUAACAGCUAGGGGAAAGGAUCAGUCAACGGCUUCCGGGUCCUCUNUGAAGAGAAAGUAUAAUGUCGCAAGGAAAACACAGGAGCCACCUUUGCCUUUUGGAGCGCAAGAUGCGAAUACUUCAUUAUCUCUGGAUGAUGUGAAGCAUUCUGAUAGAGCAAAUCAUCAGAAUAAGAAGGACACAUGUCCCAAGUCAAAGGAAACUGGAUCCUCUAGUGCCCUUCAUCAGAAAUACAGCAACAAAGGCUUACAUCAACAAUCUAAGUCCCUGCCAGGAAAAUCUCUGCCCAAUGUUUCUGCAGAGGCAACAAUAGUCCGCCAGAAAGAAAACAAUGGUAUGCAUGAGCUGGCAAAUGCAAAAAGCAGACAAUCUAGUCAAGCGUCUAAAAGAGAUGGUUCUAAUGUGAAGUCUAAAAUCUCCAUCCUCGAGAAAGCCAUAAGGGAAUUGGAGAAGGUGGUUGCCGAAUCAGCAAGGCCUCCUGCUAUCAAUGAGAAUCAAGAAGCUGAUACCUCAUCCCUGGCAGUUAAGAGGAGAUUGCCAAGAGAUGUAAAACUGAAACUUGCUAAAGUUGCUAGGAUAGCGGCAAGCCAGGGGAAAUAUACGGCAGAGUUAGUCAACCGUCUUAUGAGCAUUGUCGGUCACCUAAUCCAGCUUAGGUCACUGAAGAGGAACUUGAAAAUCAUGAUUGAUAUGGGCGAUUCUGCAAACCGAGAAAAGGAUACUAGGUUCCAGCAAAUCAACAAUGAAGUUCUUGAUAUGAUAAAAGCGAAAGUUUCUUUGAUGGAAACGCAGGAAACUAAACCAGAAGGUGGAACAUCAGACGAUUUUCAGGACCCUGUAGAAAAGCCAUCUUUGAAGAAGUUUGUCAUAGAUGCGGCGUUGGAGGAUAAAUUGUGUCAUCUAUAUGAUAUCUUUAUUGAGGGACUGGAUGAAGAAGAUCAAGGUCCACCAAUAAGAAAGCUAUAUGCCAAUCUGGCUGAACUCUGGCCAAAUAGAUUAAUGGAUAAUCAUGGGAUCAAGCGUGCAAUUUGCCGGGCAAAAGAGAGGCAAAAAGCUUUGUUUGGGAACCUUGGAAAGGAGAUGGAUCAAACAAAGAUGAAGAAGAGCAGGAAGCAGUUGGUACCAAAAAUAGACUGGAUAGCUCAGCCCAACACGGAAUCAGUGGCUCAGAGACAACAAAGUGGAGAGAAAAUGACUGUUGAUCCAAACGCAACCAGCACUUCCUUGGUCACCAGUCAAACUAUGGUUGACAGAUCAAAUCAGCAGCAUGAGAAGCUAAAGGGAAGCUUAAACUCUUGCAAUCCUGCAGAAGAAACAAGAGUGGUCAAGAGAAAGACAACAGAGGCCAUAAAGACAACAGAGGGCAUAAUGGCAGAGAAACAAGUCGUUCUUGCCCUGAAGAAGCCCGAACAUCCACCGACACGUGUUAUCCCAGUUCCUCAGAAUCUGAACAUCGCACAUACAACUCCGGACCUGAACUUGCCAAGUUGACCUCACGAAGGAGUUCUUAAAAACACAUAGAAAUGUGGAGACAAUAACCUCCGGCCUCUUCCUUCUCUUGCAUCAUCUUCAGGUGGCACGGCAUUGGUACUGGCGAUGCCGAUGCUUGGUUUUUAGAUUCGAAGCAUGGUUGGUUUAUAAAGAUGUCCGUAUUAUCAUAUUUAGUUACUCUAUUUAAGUGUCCUUUUUAAGUCUAUUGUAUAAAAGUUAACGAUUUUACGAGCAGCUUUUACAACUGAAGCUUUUUGGAUAAAAACUAAAAAUAGUUGAAAAGUAGAUUCCGGACUUUGGAAUUGAAUUA